GUCAAUUAGUUUAUUUUAUAUCUGUUUGUGGUGUAUCACAAGGGGGAAAAUUAAAUUUUAUCAUUCAUUAAAUGCAAAGGAGGUUUCAUCAUUAUUAAAAAUACAUUUUAUUAUUUCUAACUUGCUGCUGUUAGAAGCAGAGGUAUUUAGAAAAAGUUCUUCGGACAGUUCAACAUGUACUCCAAGAGCUUAACAUUGAUAAUUGUGAAUUUAGCACUUGUUAUUUUCACAAUGGCCACCUUCAUUAUGUUUCUAGUAUUUAUCUACAAACAGGAUGUGAGUGCGCAAACACUUCACAGCCUUCAGGGCGAAAUGAAGGAAUUGCGAACGUUUGUGGAUUUGGCAAAAGCAUCCACGAGUUUUAAAAAUCUCAAAGAAAAAUCGCUGCAAACUCUGUGCCCAAAAGCAUAUUCGAGAAAUUUGACGCUUCUGCCAAACGGUGAUUAUUAUUUCAUAAGCAAGGAUGAUGAACUCAACUGGAUGGAUUCCAAAGCAUUCUGCUAUGAAAAUGAAAUGGAACUUGUGAAUAUCAAGUCGGAAAAUGAAAUGACUAUGCUUUGGGUGGUGGCAAAGGAAAUCAACACAAACUGGUGGUGGGUUUCCGCCUCCAACGUAGGCAGACCCGGCGAACAAUACACUUGGUCUGAUGGUCGCGAAUUGCCAGAAAACAGCAGUUGGUGGGAUAAGAUUAGUACAACGACUGCUGAGCCAGACAGCAUUAAGCCAAACUUGGAGACUUGCGUUGAUCUUCGUUUCGGAAAAUUGUUAGAUUUCAGAUGUACUCCAGAGCAGCAUUUCAUAUGCAAGGUGCAGUCAAAAUGCAUCUAACUGGAGUUAAAUUGAAUUAAGUUGUUGGAAACAAAUUAUGCUAUUUUCCUUUUUAAGCAAACAUUUUAUCGAGUAUAGAAGUUUUAUAAUAUUAUGCAUAGUAAAUUGAUUUUUUUUUUUUUUUUUAAAU